AGUGACAGAUUUCAGUCCAUCACGAAAUUUUUGUCACUAAUGCUUAUAAUUAGUGAUGAAUUAGAGAUUUAUCACUAAAUAUGUAUCAUUAAUUUUAUUUUUUCUAGUAAUGACUCAUUUGAUCCCAUUGAAAUGGGGUCCACGGGGUCAAAUUAUUUUUGGGUUCAUGAUAUUUUGGUAUGUAUCUAUAAUUUUAUAAAAUUUCUUUCACCUAUCAUAUCAUAUUAUUUUAAAAGUUAUGUAAAAUAUUUUUUUAAAACCUUUAAAAAUAUAUUAUUUUUAAAAUUUUGAAGUUAAACAGGCAUCAUACAAUUUAUCAAAGGUGGUUUUUUUUCAAAAAAUAUAUUUUUCAUGGCGUAUAACUAGUUUUUUUUUUUGGGUGUUGAGGGGACAAUAAAACAGACAAGAAGAAACAAAAACAUCUAUCAAGUGUUUUGGGGGGUUUAAACAAACAAUAAUGAAGAAACAAAAACAACGAACAAGUGAUUACCAAAAAUAAAAAUAACGAACAAGUGGAGGGAGAGAGAGAAUGCUUCAAAUAACUUGAGAAUGUCAAGUUUGGCCCCAAAAAAAAUUGAGAAUGCCCCAAACAAGAGAGAGAGUAGGCAAUUCAAGUGUGUGCGCGUGUGUGAAAUAAUUCAAACGUAUAGAAUAUUCCUACAUUCAUGAACUCAGUAUAGACAGGAAGAAUUUAUCUUUCUUUCUUCCUUUCAUUUUGAAUCUUAUAUAUAGCUGGAAAUAUAUCAGUUCACAAGGAUGUUUUGUACUUUUUCGAUAUACUGCAUGUGAAGACAAAUGAAAGAGAGGAAAAGCAGGAAAAGAAACCGAAAUUUUACAAAGCAUGAUCAAUGAGAAUAUAUAAUAUCAAAACUACUUAUCUUGAUGAAUUUACCAACUUAAUUUGGAUGCAAUAGUAAUGAGCCUAUUAAUUAAUUUUUUGUGCCAUUAUUUCAUUAUUAUAAUUUAGUUUAAACGAUGACGAAUAUAUGAGACUGUAUAUGGGCUUCUUUUUUUAGAAGCUCUAGGAUGGUUUUUCGGCUUAAUAUCAUCCAAUCCAAACGAUUCUUUUUAAUUCAAACCGAGUGGUUAAUUACUCUGGUCCACAGUCCAACGUGCUUAAAACAGUAGUCUAUAUAUUAGAAAUGGUUUCAAGAACCGAGUAGAGUGUGAGAGAUCAGAAUGUGGAGACAGAGGAUAGGAGAGAGAGGGAAUGACCCUUACAUAUUCAGUACAAAUAACUUUGUGGGAAGGCAGACAUGGGAGUUUCACGAUGAAGAUGGAAGCAAAGAGGAGAGAGAUGAAGUUGAAGCUGCUCGUCAACGCUUCUCCUCUAAUCGCUCUCGUUUCAAAGCCUGUGCUGAUGUCCUUUGGCGAUUUCAGGGAUGUUCAAGUGCAAAUGGAAACGCUUGUAGACCUAAGGCUGUCGGGGAUGUUUCUUUAACAGGAAGACUUAUGACUUUGUCCUUAAUUAUAUUUAUAUAUAUACUACAUUUCUAUCUAAUCAAGGCUUCAAGGCCGCUGGCAAAAUCGCCCAUUUAUGUUCGGGUCUAUCAUUUCUUUACAUUCGGCCCAAGUUAUACGUUUUGGGUAAAUUGUCAGUUGCUAUGGGGUUCUCCUCCCCCUCUAUCCCUCCCUAACUUUGUUGGUGAUGAAGUGGUGGUGACGGCAAGCAUGGAUUCAGGAAGGCGAGAUGAUGAUGCUGUGGAAGAUGGUGAGCGCUGA